CAAAAGGGGUACAGGACAGGAUUGGUAAAUUAUAUUGGAAGAUACACGAGGAUUAUCUCUAUAUAUUUGAGGUCACGGAAGGCAAGAUGAUUGAGAUAACGGAUGAAAAUUGCGAGAAGAUUGAAAGAUUCUUAAAAAAGUAUCGAUCCUAUUCAUUCUAUGAGGGAUAUAAUUUGAAGAUACUGAAAUUAUUGGAGUCGACUCAAAUCAGGAUGGAUCCCAAUAGACAAAAUGAUCACCAAUUGAGAUGUCAGAUGAGACAUCAGAGAAUGUUACAAAGAUUGAGAAGAAGGUAUCAGAGAUUAUCUCGUGAAUUGGAAAUGAAAGCACAUGUUGGAUUACGAGAGCUUCGUGAGUAUGAAUAUGAUUUGGGAGUAAUGCAAAAGAUGUUGCAAGCAUCACAGAGGGAGUUGCAAGAGUUUGAGAAUACAUUGGUGGGAGAACUUGAAAGGAGUGAGACGGAGCUCAAGAAAUAUCACAUGACGCAAAUGUUAAAGUUAUGUUUAUACGUUUUUGUUAUUAUCUUUUUAUGUUUGGUAAAGUAUUGUAAGGAUAAUAUGAGUUUAGCAAACUUUUGA